AUGGACGCGACCAUCAACCUCGACGACUACGACACGCCGGAGAAAGUGGCCAAGCUGGGCGACAUCGACCCGGCGUUCGCAAAGGCACUCCAGGCAAAACCACCGCUGCCUCUCGAUCUCAGCGAUGUCCCGACUUUACGCAAAACCGUUACUUGGCUGGAGGAGGAGAUAGCGAAGCGACUCCCGCCCUUACCUCCCACCGUCAAGCAGACGAACAUCACCAUCCCCCUCCGAGACGGCGCAUCGAUGGACUCCAUCCUCGUCUACCCGACCGAGACCGCUCCCACUCCCGGCAAUGGCUGUCCAAUUGUUGUGCUCUGGCAUGGCGGCGGGUGCACCAUCGGCUCUCCAUUGCAAGUCAUGCCUCGAGCCCGCGGUCUCGCAAGUCUCCUCUCCUGUGCAGUCUUGUGUCCCGAUUAUCGUCUGGCCCCAGAGCAUCCCUUUCCCACCGGCGUUCUCGACGCAUGGGACAGCGUAUUGUUCGCUUCCAAGGGAGAGAACUUCCACGCGCUCGGUCUCAACAUCGACCACGGCAAAGGCUUCAUAAUCGGAGGACUCUCCGCAGGCGGCAACUUUGCUGGCGUGCUGGCUCAAAAGGCUCUCGAGGAGGGAUUGACUCCGCCCUUGACCGGCCAGUAUCUAGGCUGGCCGUCAUACUUCGUCGACCCUGCGAACGUGCCGGAAAAGUAUCGACACUUAUGGUUUGCAUACGAGCAGAAUGCAAAUGACCCAACGCAAACAUGGCAACACGUCUUGCACUUCCUCCUCAAGUCGACACGCAUCGACAAGGACAGCACGCUCUACAGUCCGAUGAAUCCGCUUACCGACGGCGUGCAAAAGCACGUCGGACUACCCAAAGCCUUCGUGCAGGCCUCGGGUAUGGACUCGUUGCGAGAUGAUGCGCUGGUAUACAGUAGAGUCCUUCGGGACGCCGGCGUCGAUUCUUGGAUCCAGUGCUACCCAGGCCUGCCUCAUGUAUCGGAGAUAUUCUACGCGGAGCUGACAGUAUCGAAACAGCAAGCAGGCGAUACAGCAAGAGGAUUUGCGUGGAUGUUAGGGCGUCGGAAGGGCGAAUGGGACGAGGAGAGGGCGGAUGAGCUGAUGAGUAUUCCUGUAUUCAGCUAG